AGGUACUCUGCCAAUAUUCACAUCAUUUACGCGCUCGCUUCCUCGAGCACGGGCAAGAGAAUGACCUACGCGUUGCAAUAGAUAUGUGUCGCGAGGCUAUCGAACUCUCUCCGAGGGGCCAUUCGAAACGUCCAAUCUACCAGUACAAUCUUUCCGUAUUUCUGACCAGUCAGUUUCGUCUCUUCCGGAAGCAGGCCGAUCUCGACGAGGUUAUUGAGCUUCGUCGGGAGGUGCUGCGUGUUCUGCCACUGUUCCAUGUCGAAUACCCUAACUACCUUCGUGGUCUCGCUGAUUCACUCCAUGUGCGGUAUACACAUGCUGGUGAUCAUCAGGACCUAUAUGUCUCUCUGGAACUCUACAAGCAGGCAUUAGGUCGCUUGGCUCCGGAGCACUCAGCUCGAGCCCAUUUUUUGACGAACUUUGCCAUUGCCAAAUGCUCAUUCUACCAGAUAUCGAAGAAAGCUGAGGAGCUUGCUGAAGCUAUCGACUUUUUGCGAGAAGCAUCCGACCUUUUUCGUGGACAUGUCUUCCAUCCAACAUCAGUCAUGAACCUCGCGAGUGUGUUAUACACCGAGUACUUGCGCAAGGGGGCCAAUGUCGAGGAUCUCCACGAGUCUAUCAGCCUCACUGACGGCCUUGUACGAGAACUACCUCAUGAUCAUUCCCUUAUGAACACUUUGCGCCAUCUCUUGUCCAUGUUAUUGAUUGCCCGUUUUGAGAUCACCAGGGAACGUCGUGACUAUCUCAGAGCUUUGGAGUUGCAGAAGGUAUUGAUUGCAGAAGUACCGACUGGAAGCGCGAUGCGUGCAACAGUCAUGGACACCAUGGCAAGCCUCCACCUCGCUCGGGAAUCAGAUGCGGCCGACUUCACGUCCGGGCUACAACUCAUAAAUGAAUACUUACAAGAUUCGGUGACGACUCCGCGUUUACGAGCUGAGAUGGCCAUACGUAGGUUGGCCGAUGCCGAGUCCUGGAUCGCGUCGCAGUUUGUCCUCUCUGCUGACCAAAGGGAGCAGCUUGUCACGGCUUACAAGCAUGCCAUCGGUCUCCUUCCUCAGAUCGCGGCUUUCGACCUGGGUACGAGCGCGCAGCUUCUCGCCUUGAGGGAAACCUUGCAAGAGGACGAUAUUAUCGCGUACGGUGCUAAUCAUCUGCUUGCCCUUGGUCGAUCGGAGGAAGCUAUCGAGAUACUCGAAGCAGGCCGUGCAGUCAUAUGGACGCAGGCUCUUCGCCUCAGGACAUCAGUUGACGAUCUUGAGCUCGUCAACGCAGACCUUGCAGAGAAGCUUCGUUCUAUAAGCCAACAAUUGAAGGCACCUAUUGGAGGAAGUCAGACCUUGUCCACAGACGACGCAUCAUCCAUCUUGCCUGCUAUGGAUCAAGAGUACUACAGAACACAGGAUGAGGCCCUGCGUAGUGACCGAGAGGCUGCACGGCGCCGUGAUCUCAGUGCUUCGUUUUCCGCGACUUUGUCGGAAGCGCGCAGCAUACCUAGGUUCGAGCGCCUCAUGCUCAACGAGACGUAUAGCAGUCUUUCUCAAGCAGCUUCGUGCGGGCCGGUUGUGAUGCUUGUACACCAGUAUGCCAUUGUUGUCGCAUCUCCAGACCAAAAGCCUAUCCAUGUGCGAAUCUCUGUACCAAAGGUUGAUCUUCAGAAACUCCAGAAUGUGCUAAACCCAAGAAAUACUCUUCAAAAUAGAAGCGCCACGAUGACGCGAGAAGGGAUUGAACAUGUGCACGGAACGCAGCAAACAUUCUCUGACGAUCCAAACGAAUCGACUGCAGACCGAUAUAUUAAGAAACACCGACCGAAAGCCCUCGACCCAUACUUUGAACAGCUAGCUAAGCUAUGGGUGAUGAUCGUCAAGCCCGUCGUCGAGGCUCUUGGUCUCACGAAAUCAUCCGGUAUCCAUCGUCCAAGGGUCUGGUGGUGUCCAACCGCCGAGUUUAGUUUCCUCCCACUGCACGCUGCCGGCGUAUAUCAUCCUCAGAGAAAAGACAGCGUCACCGAAUCGUGUUCAGAUUAUAUGGUCUCUUCCUAUACGCCCACCCUGGCUGCCCUAAUUUCUGCAAGACGUAAUCUCAAGAAGAUCCCUCUAUUCGAAGUCAAGGUCAUGCCUGUGGCAGUCCCGAAUGCACCCAACCUACUGCCACUCAAGAAUACGUCUGUCGAAAUCGACAUAAUAACACGCAUAGUACCUCCAUCAUCAAUACUUCCACAAGACAGUGCUACACCCACCGUCGGUAGUAUCAUCGCAGGCCUUUCAGCUUCCGAUCCAUCUCUAUCACCCUCCAUCCUUCACCUUGCAUGCCACGGACAGCAAGAUCCUCGCGAUGCGCUGGAAAGCGGAUUCGCUAUGCAGGACGGUCUUCUCACAAUAUCUAAACUCAUGCAGAUCGAGAUGCCUAAUGCCUUCUUCGCAUUUCUAAGCGCAUGCGGGUCUGCGAUGGGCGACAGGCGUCAGCCUCAUGAGACGGUGCACCUGGCUGCUUCGAUGCUCUUCGUAGGGUAUAGAAGCGUGCUUGCGACGAUGUGGCCAAUGGCUGAUGCGGAUGGACCAAAGGUGGCUCGCGUUGUUUAUGAAGCAAUAUUCAAGACAGAGGACAACGAAUCGACCUCUACUCAGGACAUUGACCUCGAUUCAAUUGCAUAUGGGCUUGAUGAAGCCGUGCGCCAGUUACGGGAGGAAGGAGUACGGCCUGAGCGAUGGGCUACAUUUGUACAUUACGGAAUUUAA